AUGAUUAAGAUGGAAAAUCCAGAGGAUAACGGUGAGAAUGCACCGGAGUUGGUGGCGGCAAAGAUUGUUAAUGUCUCUAACAUUGUCGACGAGAAGCUUCUGGUAUCUCUCACUUCUGUCAAGACUCUGUCCUUGGCUUUAUCACCAUUGGAGAUUACAUUUCCUACAGGUAGUAUCUUCUAUCAGUUAGUGAAUUUGGAGAUACAUACAUGUAAAGCUGAGUGGUGGAAUCUACUUGUGCUCAUGCUUGAUGCUUCUCCUCGAUUACAAGUCCUCAAGCUCCUCUAUGAGUCUAGCUAUGAUUAUUGGGAUCGUUUGGCAUGUAAGAAAUGGAGUCAACCGAAGAAGGUUCCUGAGUGUUUGUUAUCCCAUCUCGAGACAUUCUUGUGGAGAAGCUACAAACGAGUACUAGAAGAGGAGAAAGCGGUGGCCAAAUACAUCCUAAGUAACGCAGCUCGUUUAAAGAGGGCCUCUUUCUCCGAAAUGCCCUUAGAAGAGAGAAAUUCUCAAGAAAUGGUGGAGGAAUUGGAGAGCGUUGUCAGAGCUUCAAACUCAUGCGAGCUUGUGUUUGAAUGA